AUGGUGCGGAAAAAGAACCCCCCUUUGAGAAGCUUCGGUGGUGAGGAAGAAGGAGAAGGUGAGGCUCUGGCCGCGGAGGCCACCGGGCCGGAUAGCGAGGAAAGUGCUGGGAGCCGGGCCUCAGAGCCCAACGGUGGCGACGGGCUGCUGCCGGCCGAACCGGGCCGGGCCCACGUGCCGGUCCCAGACGAGCAGGAAGACCCCUCCUCCUCCCCGGGCUCUGUCUCAGGCUCCAUCAAACGGGACGGAGGAGGGAGGGGCGGCGGAGGAGUGGGAACAGUGGCGACAGUCAACAGCGACAGGCCUGGCUUUAAUUACCCUAGCCACAAGAAGGGAGGAAAUGUAGCGUCCUUCCCCUGCCACGAGGUGACAGACUCAGAUCUGCCGGCGCUCCCAUCCUGGGCCCGGCCCGACGGGGCUGUGUCUCUGUCUCCGCUCAGAUCAGAACCAGAUGAGGGGGACGGGGGACAGGCACGCAGCCCGGCGGGGGAGCUGCUGCUGGGGGAGAGGGUGGAGGCCGGGGAGGGAGGAGGGAGAGAAAGGGUGGGUGUCAGGGAGGGGCUGCUGCUGGGCGCCCGAGGGAGGGGCGUCAUCGUCCAGGGCGUCACCAGUAACGGGGAGGACAAGGACCCCUUCUACAGCCUCAAAGGGGGGCUCUCAGGCCACCAGGACGGGGUGGAGGGCUCUGGAUAUCCCUUGCUACGCCCCCUCCACCCACACAAGGGGGCAGGCGAGGGGGCCGAGAACAUCACGCCCAGCCCCCUGGGGGCCGAGACAGGGGUAGCCCCGCCCUCCUCUCCCAAAUUGCAGGACUUCAAGUGCAACAUCUGUGGGUACGGUUACUACGGGAACGACCCCACGGACCUGAUCAAGCACUUCCGGAAGUACCACCUGGGCCUGCACAACCGCACGCGGCAGGACGCAGAGCUGGACACUAAGAUACUGGCCCUGCACAACAUGGUGGGCUUCUCCCCACAGAGCCAACAUGCCAAAGAUGCUGCACGGCCCCCGUCACACGCCGCCCUAACCGGGGCGCUACAGGACUCUACAGGGUCCCCACGCUUGUUACUUAACGGCACCUACGACGUACAGGUAAAUAUGCUCUGGAGUUUGUUGGCAUUCGACAGUGCGUGGGUUAGUGGGUAUCUGUUUGUCUUUCAUAACUACAGAAACUACAAUUACCAGAACCACCCAUCAGUAGUAUAACGUAUAUGUGGGGUAUGUCGUGUAGGGUCCAUCCAUAUAUAUUCAUGUUUUAUUUUUCAUUAAUCUUUUGAAUUUUUUUUAAUUUUCCUCCACUUUGACAUUAGAGAGUAUUUUAUGUAGAUCAAAAAAAGUAAUAAUAAAGACAAUUAAAUCAAUUUUAAUCCCAAUUUGUAAACACAACAAAAUGGGGAAAAAGUCGAGGGGUGUGAAUACUUUCUGAAGGCAUUGUAAUUAUUGUAUUGCGUCCACCAAUGGUUGCGUGCCAUAUCAUUGACUGUGCAGUCGGUCAUCAGAUUGCUAUAUCAUAUGAUGUGGUUAGCUGAUAUGUUAAACACCUUUCCAGGCGUGUAAGAUCUGGCAUGCGUCUGCAAUGUCGUCUGGCAGGAACUGGACCAUUCUCUGCAUUGAAACCUAGGCCAGCCGGGGUUUAAGGCUUGUCUCUUAGUAGGACACUUGAGUCAUCAAAGUGACUGGACCCCUAUGGAGAGAGGCCUCAUGGGGAAGUGUAGUCUUUUUAUCACUGUAAUAAAUACAUCCCAACCGGAAACAUUAUAUUCAUGGACUACACGUCCAUGAAAAUAACGCUUUUAUAACCCUCCAUUUUUUUUAUAGCGCAUUGUGUGCAGUCUGAACUAAUGUUUUUUGACUUGGGGAGAAUAAACUGCUCUGUUACUCGCUGUUUUUAGUUGAGCUCAUUUGUAAAAUGGUGUUGACUUAUUUCACAUCUUAGUAUUGACCAGAAAUGACUUAUUGAAAACAUCAAUCUGGUUUUAGGUUUUAGGAUGGAUGUUGGUUUUAGGGUAGAUUAUCCCUAUAACUCUAUGAGUUAUUAAAUUGAUGAUGCGUAUCCCUUCAAUGUAUGUAAUAGUUAUUUGUUGUUUUGAACGCUUUUCUCAACAUUUUUGUGUGUGAUUUAUUUACUGGCGUACACAGGUAAUUUGUAAAGUGGCACAACCAUUUAGCGAUUUCCUUGUGUACAGAAAUAAACGUUUAUUGUAUUAAGGGAACGCCUGCCAAACAUAUAUUGCACACAUGGAUCGUACAGUAUGUGCACUGUUUGGGAGUUUUAAAACAUAUGAUCUAAUAACCCCAAAAGAAAAAGGGCCAUACGUGACUCGGCGCUGUUACCAGCCUCUGGUUUAAAUUAUUUCUUAGCAAUCUUUGUCUCACUAUCCAUAUCAAUUGGAUGUCCCCGGAUUCGAAUAUUGUCAUUAUAAAAAUACAAAAAUAAUGGCUGGCACCUUUGUUCUCUCUCUCAAAUGGUCAUAUGUCAUGUGUGUGUGUGAGUGGACUGUGUGUGUGUGGACAUGAAGGACUCCAUCAUGUUUUUCUGUGAGUUGGCAUGUGCUUCUGUGUGUUUGUGUGUGUGUGUGUGUGUGAGGAGAGUUAGUGUGUGUGUGAGGGGAGUGAGUGUGUGUAUGUGUCUGUGGGAGGAAGAUUCCAGUGAAUGCCUGACUUGUGUGGUGUGUCCAGACAGACAUUUUUUGGGGAUAGUUUGAGUUUCCCAGGACUUCACACACGUACUGUUACACACCCAAGUGAACGUAAUGGAUCAACGUUUAUUUUUAGCCUACUGCUCAUGUUCACAAAGGUACACUCUGAGAGAGCCUGCGGAUAUCGCUUAAGAAUUUUAAAAUAUGAUAUGACAAUCUUGUGAUGCUGCUCUGGUCUUAUGAUACUUUGCAGUCUCUGGACUCUGGAGACAUUGGCGAGACACAGUAAGACUUCUACCCACUGAUCUCUGAGUAGAUAGUCUCACUGCAUUAAGAAGGCAGAGAAGAAUAGACUUCAUAGUACUGUAGCAGUUCUUCAUAGUGCUGUAGCAAGAUUGCAACAAACAAAGGACAGUCAAUUAUGUCAUUUAUGACAAUCCCUCAAGUAACACAAGCCCCAUCUUUUCCCACUUAAAAUCCUCAAACUGUGUUAAAAUACUUAAUUUUUUAUACAUUUCAUUCCAUAGUAGACAUGUUCUGGUACUUCAUUGUAUUUUUUUUUAAUUGCUAAUAUUUCAGAGGAUAUUUCACUUGACUGACUGGAGCGGUCAUAUAAUAAAUGGUGUAUGUAGCUAGUCUCUUCAGGCAGUUUUAGGAGCGACCCACUCUGUUUCAGUCAUUACAUAUCGUCUAGAAACGGACACCGGGCUGCUUUAACCACACAUGAGGAUCAAGACCUCCCACUUGCACACACUGGAUAGCCUGCCCAUUAUAGAAUGUCUCUGGCUCCGGGAUAUUUCACACAGCCGCCCUUAUGUUUUCGAUUUGAGCCAUUUGUUGGCGACUUGGAGGUCAAGGUGCACAGGAUGUUGAAAUUCAGGGAACAUGUUCGAUUGCAAGGUUGGUUUGGUUUGUUGCGCUUGCUAGACAACAACCUUGACUGCUGGAUCCCUGCGAGGCACUCUCGAUGUACACGCCUGUACAAGCAUCGAAAAUACUUGGAAAUAGGGGGUGGAUUUGUUGUGCAUUAUUAGGGAACAGGUGUUUCUUUAAUAGUAUUCUGAUAUAAACCCCUUCCUUCGAUCAUACUUCUUCUGGUUGGCUGCAUUGGCAACUUGAUCAUCAAAACGUUCACAGUUUGCCAUUUCUCUUCUUCAAUAACACGAGGAAAUUCAUCUUUGAUAACGUCUAAUAGACUUCAUUGUUAUACCAUAUGAGGCAGCUGCUCUUACCCCAGGUGUUCUAGUUAGAUCUACCAGCUGCUCUUACCCCAUGGUGUUCUAGUUAGAUCUACCAGCUGCUCUUACCCCAGGUGUUCUAGUUAGAUCUACCAGCUGCUCUUACCCCAGGUGUUCUAGUUAGAUCUACCAGCUGCUCUUACCCCAGGUGUUCUAGUUAGAUCUACCAGCUGCUCUUACCCCAGGUUUCUAGUUAGAUCUACACUGCUCUUACCCCAGUGUUCAUUAGAUCUACCAGCUGCUCUACCCAUGUGUUUAGUUAGAUAUACCAGAUGCUUACCCCAUGUGUUGCUAUUAGAUUUACCAGCUCUCUCUACCCCAGGUGUUCUAGUUAGACUCUGUACCAGCUGCUCUUACCCAGGUGUUCGUGAUUAGAUCUACCAGGUUCUUGAUUUACCAGUGCUUUCCUGAGUUAGAAUCUACCAGCUGCUUUACCCCAGGUGUUCUAGUUAGAUCUACCAGCUGCUCUACCCCAGGUGUUUUAGUAGAUCUACCAGUGCUUUACCCCAGGUGUUCUAGUUAGAUCUACCAGCUGCUCUUACCCCAGGUGUUCUAGUUGUAUAGAUCCCUAACAUCUCCUCUAUCUGCUCAAUUCAAUUCAUCCUCACUUUAUCAUUGAAUUGUGAAAUCGGAAAAACCAUUCUAAAAACGGAGCUAUACCCCUCUGUAGAUAUAGAUUAUAUAGAUUAUAAGCGUUUCUCUUCCUUCCUGGUAUCAGGGCCUUAUCGUGUAGCUUAUGUAUUUCUGUGCUGUGUCUGGGUGCGUGAUGUCAUUCUGGUUUUUUUCAGUGCCUGUGUGCCUGACUGACUCACAGAAUGUCUCUGUUUUUAUUCAAAUAUAUAUAUGGUGUGUGUGUGUGUGUGUGUGUGUAUGUAUAUAUAUAUAUAUAUAUAUAAUAUAUAUAUAUAUAUAUAUACAGUGGGGAGAACAAGUAUUUGAUACACUGCCGAUUUUGCAGGUUUUCCUACUUACAAAGCAUGUAGAGGUCUGUAAUUUUUAUCAUAGGUACACUUCAACUUUGAGAGACGGAAUCUAAAACAAAAAUCCAGAAAAUCACAUUGUAUGAUUUUUAAGUAAUUCAUUUGCAUUUUAUUGCAUGACAUAAGUAUUUGAUACAUCAGAAAAGCAGAACUUAAUAUUUGGUACAGAAACCUUUGUUUGCAAUUACAGAGAUCAUACGUUUCCUGUAGGUCUUGACCAGGUUUGCACACACUGCAGCAGGGAUUUUGGCCCACUCCUCCAUACAGACCUUCUCCAGAUCCUUCAGGUUUCGGGGCUGUCGCUGGGCAAUACAGACUUUCAGCUCCCUCCAAAGAUUUUCUAUUGGGUUCAGGUCUGGAGACUGGCUAGGCCACUCCAGGACCUUGAGAUGCUUCUUACGGAGCCACUCCUUAGUUGCCCUGGCUGUGUGUUUCGGGUCGUUGUCAUGCUGGAAGACCCAGCCACGACCCAUCUUCAAUGCUCUUGCUGAGGGAAGGAGGUUGUUGGCCAAGAUCUCGCGAUACAUGGCCCCAUCCAUCCUCCCCUCAAUACGGUGCAGUCGUCCUGUCCCCUUUGCAGAAAAGCAUCCCCAAAGAAUGAUGUUUCCACCUCCAUGCUUCACGGUUGGGAUGGUGUUCUUGGGGUUAUACUCAUCCUUCUUCUUCCUCCAAACAUGGCGAGUGGAGUUUAGACCAAAAAGCUAUUUUUUUGUCUCAUCAGACCACAUGACCUUCUCCCAUUCCUCCUCUGGAUCAUCCAGAUGGUCAUUGGCAAACUUCAGACGGGCCUGGACAUGCACUGGCUUGAGCAGGGGGACCUUGCGUGCGCUGCAGGAUUUUAAUCCAUGACGGCGUAGUGUGUUACUAAUGGUUUUCUUUGAGACUGUGGUCCCAGCUCUCUUCAGGUCAUUGACCAGGUCCUGCCGUGUAGUUCUGGGCUGAUCCCUCACCUUCCUCAUGACCAUUGAUGCCCCACGAGGUGAGAUCUUGCAUGGAGCCCCAGACUGAGGGUGAUUGACCGUCAUCUUGAACUUCUUCCAUUUUCUAAUAAUUGCGCCAACAGUUGUUGCCUUCUCACCAAGCUGCUUGCCUAUUGUCCUGUAGGCCAUCCCAGCCUUGUGCAGGUCUACAAUUGUGGAGAGGUUGGAGUCUGUUUGAUUGAGUGUGUGGACAGGUGUCUUUUAUACAGGUAACAAGUUCAAACAGGUGCAGUUAAUACAGGUAAUGAGUGGAGAACAGGAAGGCUUCUUAAAGAAAAACUAACAGGUCUGUGAGAGCCAGAAUUCUUACUGGUUGGUAGGUGAUCAAAUACUUAUGUCAUGCAAUAAAAUGCAAAUUAAUUACUUAAAAAUCAUACAAUGUGAUUUUCUGGAUUUUUGUUUUAGAUUCCGUCUCUCACAGUUGAAGUGUACCUAUGAUAAAAAUUACAGACCUCUACAUGCUUUGUAAGUAGGAAAACCUGCAAAAUCGGCAGUGUAUCAAAUACUUGUUCUCCCCACUGUAUAUACACACACACACACACACACACAUAUAUAUAGAUACACAGACAAGAAAAUAUAGAAAACAAUAUGAUCCGAAUUAAAAGGCAAAAUGAAAAGUGCAUGGAUCUUGUUCUUCCUCUUCCAAAUAUAUAUAUAUAUUUUUUUUACAAAAUUGUUGCAAAUAACACAAAAUAAAACAUAAGAUAAAAGUAAAUCAGGGGAAGAAAGAAAAUACAUUCAAGUGAAAUGCUUAAUCAAAAUGAGUUACAGAAGUUUCUUUCCUCAUUGUGCCCCAGGUGACGCUGGGAGAUACCUUCAUCGGCAUCGGGAGGAAGACUCCGGACUGUCAGGGAAACACCAAGUACUUCCGCUGCAAGUUCUGUAACUUCACCUACAUGGGCAGCUCCUCAGUGGAGCUGGAGAAACACUUCCUUUCUGCCCACCCCAACAAGAUGAAGUCCCACCUCCCGCCGCUGCCGAACGACGACAAGCCCUCGGAAAGGAAGGGGAACUGUGUGACACGGGGCGGUAGCGUGGAGGCGGCGGAACCGGGAAAGUGGGCUGACCGGGUGGCGGUCCGUGCGGAGGACGACUCGGUGGCUGGUUACUCCGUCCCCGUUCACGCCACAGACUCGCCUGGCUGGACGGGGUCCGACGGCGGGGCCACAGCGGUGGCCUAUUACUGGUGUAAGUACUGCAGCUUCAGCUGUGAGUCGCCCAGCUCACAACGCCUCCUGGAGCACUAUGAAAAGAGGCACAACCAGCCUGGAGGAGGAGGAGGAGGAGGAGGAGGGGGGACCAGGGAGGGCAGCCCAGCCGAGAGGGAGCGAGGGAGUAGCAAAGCCAGGGACGGAGAGAGAGACCCCGAACGAGGACUGACCCCCCACAGCCGGAGGAAAGACAAGACAGGAAUGAGUGGCUCGAUGGGCGCAACGGACCCGGAGACAGUGGUGACCAGCUACAACUGCCAGUUCUGCGACUUCCGCUACUCCAUGAACCACGGGCCUGAGGUGAUCGUGGUGGCACCGCUGCUCCGCCACUACCAGCAGGCCCACAGCAUCCACAAGUGCACCAUCAAGCACUGUCCAUUCUGCCCACGCGGCCUCUGCAGCCCCGAGAAGCACCUGGGGGAAAUCUCCUACCCGUUUGCUUGCAGAAAGAACGCAUGCUCCCACUGCGCCCUCCUCCAGCUGUCCCCCCAGGGCAGCCCCCCAUCUCCCAGGCCCAGCGUCACACACUUGUGUGACCAGUGUCCCUACGCCACCAGCGACAUCGACCUGCUUCUGCUGCACUACGACAGCGCCCAUGCCACCCACGGCGUGCUUGAGGUCAAGGCCGAGCAGGAGGGAGCCGAAAUGGGUAGGAACUCGGCGCCCAAGGGCCCUCACGGGGAGCAGUCAUGUACCAAGUGCCAUUUCAUCACAGAUGUGGAGGAGGAAAUCUUCCGUCACUACAGGUGA